CCCUAAGUAUCACACAAAAAACAUCACAAACCAAAAACUAAACCAUACAAGAAAAACAUGAAGAUCCUCUCGCUUUCACUUCUCUUUCUCUUGGCCGCUACGGUCUCCCAGGGCCGGUCUUCGACAUCCGUUCCAGGGAUCAUCGAGCUCCUCAAAUCGGAAACCAUCUUUGCGAACGAAGCCGAGAUCUUAGAAAAAGAGCAGCUUUCCAUCAACUACCACAACUGCAGAAGCUGGCAUCUUGGUGUUGAGACCUCUAACAUCAUAAACUUCGACACGGUGCCGAAAAAUUGCAAAGAAUACGUUAAAGACUACUUGGUCACUUCCAAACAGUACCAAUACGACUCGAAAACUGUGUGCAAAGAGGCUUAUUUCUACGCAAAAGGACUUGCCCUAAAGAACGACACCGUUAAUGUUUGGAUCUUUGACCUAGACGACACCCUCCUCUCUAGUAUCCCCUAUUACGCCCAACAUGGAUACGGGACUGAGAAGGUAAAUGGAGGGGAUUACUGGACGUGGUUAGGCACCGGAGCAUCAACUCCCGGACUCCCAGAGACCUUACAUCUUUACCAAAACAUCAUAGAACUCGGGAUUGAACCCAUCAUCCUCAGUGACCGAUGGAAGUUGUAUUCAGACGUCACUCUCGCGAAUCUCAAGGCUGCUGGCGUGAGCAACUGGAAGCAUCUCAUAUUCAAGCCAAACAACUCGAAGUUGAGGCAAGUGGUGUACAAGUCAAAGGUGAGGAAUAGCCUUGUGAAGAAAGGAUACAACAUUGUUGGCAAUAUUGGAGACCAAUGGGCUGAUUUGGUUGAGGAUACCCCUGGGAGGACUUUCAAGCUCCCUAACCCACUCUACUACGUGCCUUCUUAAGCAUCUAUGAACAUGUCUUUCAGUAUUUGUCCCCAUGCACCUACUUCGUAUCUACGUCUUUUCGUUUAUGUUUGUAGCCGUUUGCCGCUGCUAAAAUAAAAUGUCUCCAUCCUAUCCUAUCACAACUCAAUAAAUAGUACGAUUAUGAAAUGAUUUCACUUUUU